AUGGAGGGACGAAAGUGGGAGGAGCUAAACAUGGACUGUUUGGUGAAUGUGUUUCGAAGAGUGGGAAUGGAGUCAUUGCUCUCGGAUGUUCCCUUUGUAUGCAAGUCAUGGUACAAAGCAAGCCUUGAUCCUAAGUGCUGGGAGCGUCUCAUUUUUCCAAAAUACAUCAAACCUGAUGAUAUAUGGGACAACAGCCCCUUGGAAGAAAGGUUGAUGAUGGAAUAUCAAGAAAGUUUCCGUGUCACUGCAUUCAUAAAGUCUGUGGUUGCCCGUAGCCAGAGACGCGCUACUGUACUUACGCUCCCCACCUGCUGCACCGAAGAGGCAUUGGAGUAUGCUGCUAACGAGUCUCCCUCAUUGAAGGCUUUGCGUUUGCAUGAUGAUCUACUUUUCAAAAAAUCAACUAUUAUUCCAAAACUGAUAAGCAAGUGGAAAAAUCUGGAGAUGUUGUCACUGGGGAGCAGACAUAACAUGGAGGAAAUCCUAGCCCAAAUCAGUCUUCACUGCAACAACUUCAUUAUGCGAUUUGCUCCACGAAUAUAUGUUGGGGAAGAUGAAGCGACAGCUAUAGUCACCUCAUUGCCAAACCUUAAGUACUUGUUUCUAAAGGGAUCAGCAAUUGAGUGGGAAAAUCUAGUGAUGGUAUUGCAGGCUGCAAAAAGCUCCUAUGUUUGGACGUCAGGAAAUGCAUUGGAUUUGAGGAGAAUGAUGCUGAGAUAUUGGCACUUGCUUCCCAUAUUCCUACAUUCAUGUGUAAAGGUUCUAUCUAUGAGGAAUAUGACACAUAUAUUGUUAACCUAA